AUGGUGAAAACUCUAGUCACAGGCGGAAACGGCUUCAUUGCAGCUCAUAUUAUUGAGUUGCUGGUGGAAAGAGGAGAUGAUGUCUUAGUAACAGUGCGAAGUCCACAGCAGGGCGACAAAGUUGUGGAGAAGCAUCAGGGAAAGGCAGUUCAGUAUGCUGUCGUCGAAGACAUCACGGCAGAAGGAGCCAUGGACGAGGUCUUCUCCACGAACAAGGACAUCGACUAUGUUCUACACACUGCAUCACCUUUCACGUUCGUCUUUCAAGACGCUGAGAAGGAUAUGCUGAAGCCGGCAGUUCAAGGAACGCUCGAGACUCUCCGGUCGGUCAAAGCCCAUGGAUCAAAAGUCAAGCGAGUCGUUGUCCUCUCGUCUGUUGUCUCGUUGAUGAAUCCGGGCAGCGAUAGCCAAUCCUCGUCUGACAUAUAUUGGCAGCAAGGUGAGACUGACCAGACUGGAAGAUGCCGUACAAGUCUAACAACCCCCCAGACGCUCGCAGAAAAGGCCGCCUGGGAUUUCGUCAAAGACGAGAAGCCGGCUUUCGACUUGGUCUCACUCAACCCACCGCUUGUCUUUGGACCUGUUGCACACCACCUCUCCAGCUUGGAAAAGCUGAACACAUCAAACCAGCGAGUUCUCGCUUUGAUGCAAGGGAAGUUCAGAGACGCACCAUUGCCGCCCACAGGAAUCUACACCUGGGUCGACGUCCGAGAUAUCGCCCUCGCUCAUAUCAAAGCUCUCGAAGUCGAAGCCGCAGGUGGUGAGAGAUUCGCCGUUAUAGGCGGCGAGUUCUCUCAUAAGAUUAUGGCCGACACGAUUGGGGCUACGCAUCCCGAACUUCAAGACAAGUUGCCUGUUGACGCUGUGGAUGACUUGGGAAGCAAUGCUUUCCACUACCAUGGCUCGAAGGCGGCUGAUAUCCUUGGGAUCAAGUAUCAUUCGUUCCAGGACUGCGUCGAUGAUACCGUGGCUUCUUUGCAAAAGUUUAGGGCAUAG